GACGCGGCCAGACGGCGGGAGCGGAGCGCGGCGAGCGGAGGCGGCCAGCUGCGCCCGCGCCGCAGCCCCGGCCUCGGCGAGGGCGCGAAUAUUUUUUCAAACGACUCAAACUUUCCUUCCUUCCCUGCUUCCUGGGGUCCCUCUUGCCUGGAAUUGCUCUCCAGAUUCCCGCUGGGCGCCGGGGCGCGAUUCCUCCCUCGGGUGCCUCGGCGGCUCGGCUAACUUCGCGGACCCCAGGAGCCGAGUCGCUCUGCCAGUGGCCGAACCCAGCCCGCGCUGCUACCCCGCUCAAGAGGGCCAGGACUGAGGUUCCUUUGCAGCUGGCAGGUGCGCAGCCUGCCCCCUCAGGUCGGGCUGCUGAGCUCUCAGCACCGGGUGCAGGACUGGAGACAGCGAAUUAAGCCCAGAGGAACCCGGGUCUCCCUGCCCCCGCUCCGCGGAGGGGCGUCCCCUGGGCGGGGAAACGACAAGUUUGUCAGUCGUCGGUGGCCUGUUGGAGCCAAGCGCCGCCGCAGCAGCGGAGAGGUCUUUGGAGCCCAGCACCCCCAGCGGACAGCCCUGGGGACCCGGGGCGGCUCGGCGACCGGGCUUCUUGGGCCGGGGCGCUGGCUGCUGCGCCGGGCGCGCCAAGGCACCCGGGGCUGGGCCAGCGCCCCCUGCGUCCCCAUCAGUGCAGCGGCCCCACCGGAGAAACCCGGGUCGCCGCCGCCGUCACCGCCUACUCUUCAGUCCCCUGGUCGCCGCCCUCUCGGUCGCCUCUCAGGGAAAGAGGGGGACAUAGGGGGUGUCGCGGGGCCCCGGCGGAUGCGCCCCCCGCUGCCUCUCGGGCUGCGCCGCCUCGCGGGGAUGAAGCACCGGCCGUGAAGAUGGAGGUGACCUGCCUUCUACUUCUGGCGCUGAUCCCCUUCCACUGCCGGGGACAAGGAGUCUACGCUCCAGCCCAGGCCCAGAUAGUGCACGCGGGCCAGGCGUGUGUGGUGAAGGAGGACAACGUCAGCGAGCGCGUCUACACCAUCCGGGAGGGGGACACCCUCGUGCUGCAGUGCCUGGUCACCGGGCACCCCCGGCCCCAGGUGCGGUGGACCAAGACCGCGGGCAGCGCGUCCGAUAAGUUCCAGGAGACGUCAGUGUUCAACGAGACCCUGCGCAUAGAGCGCAUCGCGCGCACGCAGGGUGGUCGCUACUACUGCAAGGCGGAGAACGGCGUGGGCGUGCCGGCCAUCAAGUCCAUCCGCGUGGAUGUGCAGUACCUGGAUGAGCCAGUGCUGACGGUGCAUCAGACCGUGAGUGACGUGCGAGGCAACUUCUACCAGGAGAAGACAGUGUUCCUGCGCUGCACGGUCAACUCCAACCCACCCGCCCGCUUCAUCUGGAAGCGGGGCUCAGACACCCUGUCCCACAGCCAGGACAACGGGGUGGACAUCUAUGAGCCCCUCUACACCCAGGGGGAGACCAAGGUCCUGAAGCUGAAGAACCUGCGGCCCCAGGACUAUGCCAGCUACACCUGCCAGGUGUCUGUACGUAACGUGUGUGGCAUCCCAGACAAGGCCAUCACCUUCCGGCUCACCAACACCACGGCACCGCCAGCCCUCAAGUUGUCUGUGAAUGAAACUCUGGUGGUGAACCCUGGGGAGAACGUGACGGUGCAGUGUCUGCUGACAGGCGGGGACCCCCUGCCCCAGCUGCAGUGGUCCCACGGGCCUGGCCCACUGCCCCUGGGUGCUCUGGCCCAGGGUGGCACCCUCAGCAUCCCGUCAGCGCAGGCCCGGGACUCGGGCUACUACAACUGCACAGCCACCAACAACGUGGGCAACCCUGCCAAGAAGACCGUCAACCUGCUGGUGCGAUCCAUGAAGAAUGCCACCUUCCAGAUCACCCCCGACGUGAUCAAGGAGAGCGAGAACAUCCAGCUGGGACAGGACCUGAAGCUGUCCUGCCACGUGGAUGCAGUGCCCCAGGAGAAGGUGACCUACCAGUGGUUCAAGAAUGGCAAGCCAGCACGCAUGUCCAAGAGGCUGCUGGUGACCCGCAAUGACCCCGAGUUGCCUGCCGUCACCAGCAGCCUGGAGCUCAUCGACCUGCACUUCAGCGACUACGGCACCUACCUGUGCAUGGCUUCCUUCCCAGGGGCGCCGGUGCCCGACCUCAGCGUUGAGGUCAACAUCUCCUCCGAGACAGUGCCGCCCACCAUCAGCGUGCCCAAGGGCAGGGCGGUGGUGACCGUGCGCGAGGGCUCCCCCGCGGAGCUCCAAUGCGAGGUGCGAGGCAAGCCCCGGCCGCCCGUGCUCUGGUCCCGCGUGGACAAGGAGGCUGCCCUGCUGCCCUCGGGGCUGCCCCUGGAGGAGACCGCCGAUGGGAAGCUGCGGCUGGAGCGCGUGAGCCGAGACAUGAGCGGGACCUACCGCUGCCAGACGGCUCGCUACAAUGGCUUCAACGUGCGCCCUCGCGAGGCCCAGGUGCAGCUGAACGUGCAGUUCCCCCCGGAGGUGGAGCCUAGUUCCCAGGAUGUGCGCCAGGCACUGGGCCGACCCGUGCUCCUGCGCUGCUCGCUACUUCGAGGCAGCCCCCAGCGCAUCGCCUCGGCCGUGUGGCGCUUCAAAGGGCAGCUGCUGCCGCCGCCGGCCGUGCUCCCCGCCGCCGCGGAGGCCCCGGACCACGCCGAGCUGCGCCUUGAUGCCGUAACCCGUGAAAGCAGCGGCAGCUACGAGUGCAGCGUCUCCAACGACGUGGGUUCGGCGGCCUGCCUCUUCCAGGUCUCGGCCAAAGCCUACAGCCCGGAGUUUUACUUCGACACCCCCAACCCCACCCGCAGCCACAAGCUGUCCAAGAACUACUCCUACGUACUGCAGUGGACGCAGAGGGAGCCGGACGCUGUGGACCCUGUGCUCAACUACAGACUCAGUGUCCGCCAGUUGAACCAGCACAAUGCCAUGGUCAAGGCCAUCCCUGUGCGGCGUGUGGAGAAGGGGCAGCUGCUGGAAUAUCUCCUGACUGAUCUCCGUGUGCCCCACAGCUAUGAAGUCCGCCUCACGCCCUAUACCACCUUUGGGGCUGGUGACAUGGCUUCCCGCAUCAUCCACUACACAGAGCCCAUCAACUCUCCGAACCUUUCAGAUAACACCUGCCACUUCGAGGACGAGAAGAUCUGUGGCUACACCCAGGACCUGACAGACAACUUCGACUGGACGCGGCAGAACGCUCUCACCCAGAACCCCAAGCGCUCCCCCAAUACUGGCCCCCCCACUGACAUCAGUGGCACCCCUGAGGGCUACUACAUGUUCAUUGAGACGUCGAGACCCCGGGAGCUGGGGGACCGUGCGAGGCUGGUGAGUCCCCUCUACAAUGCCAGUGCCAAGUUCUACUGCGUGUCUUUCUUCUACCACAUGUACGGGAAGCACAUCGGCUCCCUCAACCUCCUUGUGAGAUCCCGGAACAAAGGGGCUCUGGACACACACGCCUGGUCCCUCAGUGGCAAUAAGGGCAACGUGUGGCAGCAGGCACAUGUGCCCAUCAACCCCAGUGGGCCCUUCCAGAUUAUUUUUGAGGGGGUUCGAGGCUCCGGCUACCUGGGGGAUAUUGCCAUAGACGAUGUCACACUGAAGAAAGGAGAGUGUCCCCAGAAGCAAAUGGAUCCCAAUAAAGUGGUGGUGAUGCCGGGCAGCAGAGCUCCCUACCGGUCCAGCCCACAGCUCUGGGGGCCCGUGGUCAUCUUCCUGUUGGCGAUGCAGAGAUGAUGAGAGCUGCGUGGCCCCCCACCCCGCCCCCGGCACACCAAAGUGUCCACAUCGUACCAAAGACUGACCCCCGCCCGCCGGGGUGCCCAGGGGCAGGGCCGGCUCGCCAGGGAGGGGGCCUGCGUUGGCUGCGAGGACGAACAGAAAACAAGGACCUGAAGCCCGGCGCUGAGGCCCUGGAGACGGCUGUUCGACACACGCACACACUCACCCGUUCACACUCACACACAGAGAUCUAUUAAAGCACAAGUUUCUAUCAGA